AUGAUUGUUUGCAGCACUUCCACAGAAAGUCCAAAGAAUAAUGUGUCUGUUUCUAUCCCACCUGUAUAUUCUGAGUUUCAGGAUGUGUUCUGUCCCAAGAGAGCCUCCCAACUACCACCUCAUUGGCCAUGGGACUGUACGAUUGACCUCCUGCUGGGUAAGCCAGUGCCUAAAGGGCAAAUGUAUUCACUUACACUAACCGAACAGGAAGCCAUGGAGAAUUACAUCACUGAUGCUCUGGAACAGGGAUACAUCAGACCAUCAACCUCCCCUGCUGCUUCCCCGUUCUUCUUCGUCUCCAAGAAAGAUGGGGGUCUCAGAUAUUGUAUUGAAUAUCGAGCGUUGAAUAAGAUCACCAAAAGUUUUGUCUUAUUCAGUGCUUUAAUUUGUGUCCUGCAGGUGCCAGAGAUUUUCUCUAUAGAGCCGAACAGAGUUUCUUUCCAUGGCAGAAACAAUGUUUUACUAACAGGAAGGAACCUGGAGAAUGUCACCAAAAUUCGUAUUCAAGGGGAUCUGAACUGCUUUCCAAAAGAGUUUCCUGUGUUUGAUCGUUCAAGUGACAGUCUAAGGUUCCACGUUCCUCCCAGUGAAACUAAAGGAACUCUAAAAGUGUGUGUUGUUACUGAGGAUGACCGUUGUCAUGGUAACAGCAUCAUCACUUACAGUUCCCAACCCAGCUGCACAGGAAUACAACCCAAAGUCACCUGGAGAAGUGGUGGAAGGAAGAUUUACGUGCAGGGGAACAAUUUGGAGUUUGUGGAAUCAAUCAUUGUCCAUCCCUCCAAUAAAGAGCUUAAAACAAAUUACAACACAAGCUCUAAGGACAUGUGGUUUCUCAUGCACCAUUAUGAUGGCAGUGAUCCGAUUAAGUUGAAGUUUAAAGUUGGGAACAUCACUUUAGACUGUGCUAAUCUGAUCCUCCAGCCUGAUCCAGAGUUCAUUGGAUUUGAAGCCAUACGGGUGUCUGACUUUCUAAUUGUGAACAUUAAGAUAAAGGCAGAUAAGUUGAACCUGAGUGUGGAUGAGGUACAGGUGACUGGUCUAAAGGGAGAUCGGGGACAUGAGUGUGUUGUGUUGAUGUUAACACACAAUGUCAUUGUAUGUGAAAUUAAAGGAAAACUCAACACAGUGGACUCUCUGAUUAUCAUGUUUGGAAAAUUUGAUCUUACCACGGGACAAAAUAUGUCAAAAUAUUUGAACAUUUGCAUGAAGGGGUAAAGGAAAAAGUUAGAAAUUUCUUUAUAUAGUCUGUGGUAGUUUGGAAAAACAUAAUUUUCUAAGACUAUAGAGAAAAAAGCUUUUAGCUAAUGCCCUACUAUAUAAUAGGUCAGCUUAACCCACACACUGCAUGUGUAAACUUGCUUAACACAAGGCUGCUUUUCAUGUAACUUAGAAAAUCUUAGAUGCUGUGGAUGCUGUGUUUUCUAAACACCAGGUGGCGCUCUAUACUCAUUAAGUGUACAGUACAUUGUAUUUAUUUAAAGAGUAAAACUUCCUUUAGAAGUUCUGCUGUUUAGGAGCUGGGUAGUAACUGUUUACAUGUAAUCUGUUUUACGUAAUACUCAUAAUCAAAGUACAGUUACCAUUUUAUUGUUAAAGCAUCCAUUAGAUAGAUUAUUACUUUAUUGUUUAUUCCCACUUUUUAAAAUCUUUGACAUUUUUCACAAGCUGUAAAUCAGUGGCAAGACU